AUGAGAAGUCACCAAAUCUUCUCAACGAAGGAAAACGGCAACGUAAAGCCAGACAAAAGGAAGAACAAGGGCGAGCACAAAUCCGAGAACAAGCUCGACAAGCACAAGGGGAGCAAGAGGAAGACCAGCAAGAUCAAGAGGAAGAAGAAGCCCAGCAAGAAGAAGUCCAACAAGGCCCAAACGAAAGCAAAAUACCGUCAUUUGGUGAUGGAAGCCGAAUUCUCACUGAUUGGACUACUUCAGGACUUAUCAGUGACCCAGUCAAUCAAUAUGAAGAUAAUGUACAACAAAGAUAGACCAAAAGCCGAACGUCGUGAGUUAUCCGCAAGAGACUUGGCGGAGUACAUCAAAAGUAGAACAAAAAAGGAGAAGUUUUCAUUCAGAAAUCUCAACAUACCGAUCAACUACAUCAGACAUACUAGACUCCGUAGAGAUGCAAAUGCUACAAAACAAGUUGUCUUUGACACGUUGAAACUAACUCCAUUAGGAAUUGUGGUAGAGGCUUUGAAAGAACUCGAAUUAGUUGGAAUGAUUGGGAAACGUUAG